CCUCUACGCAGAUGUGUGUGAGGGAGACAGCGCAGGUUUUAGUGAGAGCAGGAAUAGCGUUUGAAAGGUCGCGAGCUGCUGAGGCACCAAAACACGAAAGAUGUCAUUUGCCAGUGACAAGCUGUACAAUGGAUACUUGCGGCGGAAUAUGCCGACCAUUGUGACUAAGGUGAAACCGACACAAAUAAUGCUCCACCUGCCUUGCUUGACUGCUCACGACAGGGAAAGCAUUGAGGCUAAACGAGAGACUUAUGGGAACUAUGACAGCAUGGUGGUUCUUCUGGACUGUCUGAAGAGAAGAGAAAACUGGCCGGAGCAGUUCAUCGAAGCGCUUGAGGCGUGUGAGCAUCCGACUUUAGCAGCUGAGAUCAGAGCAGAAUACAACGCUCUGAGAGGCAUCAACAAUUCCAAUCCCAACUCCCCUCCAACGACUGUCGUCAGGGCCCACAUCCAUCCUGCACCCUCUGCCAGUCAUCAGUCCCUCCCAGAAGGUGGUGCAAACAGUCAGGCUAUUGUUACUCCACCAGCUGAAGCAUCAGCUCCUCCACAGCCAGCUGCCCAGGCCUCCCCCCCUCUCAGUAUAUUCAACUAACCUCCGCCUGAUUUAACUCAGAACAAAGUGAUACCCUGUCCAACACCUCCUCUUUCCCCUGUUACCCUACAUAAUCUGGCCACUAAAACCCCACCACCUCAGAGGAAGAUUGAAUCUCACCUGGAGCCGGUGGAAAACUCUGAAUCAGACAUCCAGGAUAUCUCUGGUGAUACCGCUGUGAUCCCUGAUCAGGUGAGGGCAGGAACCAGUGAGGAAUCGUUGAUCUCUGUGGCUACUCUUCAACCAUCCCAUCCUGUUGAGCAGUGUGAAACAGACUCUCCGACCCACCCAGAUCCGGUCCAAACAACAACCACCGCCACAGAGAUCAGUCCACCACAGAGUCCCUCUCCAACUCAGAUGAACUCAGAUGUGACCAAUGGAUCCUCUUUCCCCAUGAUGACCCCAGAGAGACCUCCAGUCCAGGACACCACCCCUCCUGUUGACCUAAAACCUGCUGCUGUCCUGCAGCCUGAACAGAUGUCUGGACCUCCUGCUACACAUGUUGUUGAAAGCAGUCCACAGACAGAAACUGCAGCUCCAACCUGCCCCCUGCCUGGUGCUGCUGGGAUGGACACCUCUCUCUGUGAUGAAACGGUGUGUCUGAGCAAGCCUGGUCAAAUUAUCAGCAUCCCCCCACAAAAUCAUGAGCACUCUGCUAUCCCUGUGCCCAGCUCCCCGGUGCAGCCCUACUCGGGUAAUACUGAGCGUCUGGAAAUGAGCGAUGCUGCAGGUGACACUGUGACCUCUGCCUGCCUUCUCAUGGCUCUGCUGUCAGCUCCACCACAGAGAGUACAGUCUCUAAUGCCGUGCCAGGAGAACGGCAUUGCUCUUAACCAUAACGAACCGGAGGAAACCACUAUGUCUCCUUCUCAGAGUUGGGAAGCAGAGGUGCUGGAGAACGUGGUGCAUGUAUCCGAGGAGGCCUCUAUCCUUAACUAG